UCCCUCCACCCACCUCUGGGACUCGGGGAGCGCCGGUUCCUCGGCGCUUGCUCAGGGGCGUGUGCAGACGUGUGCACACCGCGGGUGUGGAGGUGGGCAGUCCAGUGGAUCCAGGCGAUUUCCUGGACGUCCCCUCUCUGGGCCUCAGUUUCCCCACUUAUCGAAUAGGGGGGCAGGGAAUGGGUAAGUAGGGCCACCCCGUGGUCAAACUGUGCUCCUUGCACCGACAACUUCUGGUACUGAAGGCCCUGUGUGGCUGGCUGUUUUCUUACAGCUACCCUGAACUCUUGGCAAGGAACUUUCCCCUGUCAAGCCUUUGCAAGCCUUUGCAUGCACACUCUGUUCCCUCUGGCCACUGCCCCCUCCUGUCCUCUGUAAGGACCCGCCCUCUUGAAAAGUACCGCUCCCCACCCCCACCCCCUCAGGACACCUGAACCUGCAAUGCUGAAACGAAGCUGUCUCUCUGAGCCUGGGGGCUCCUGUAGGGUGAUCAUUACCCUACAGUCAGCAGCUUCCCACUGGCAACUGCAAAACUCCAUCAAUUCUGUCCUGGCUCCAUGUCUGCUCUGAGAUUAAGGGCCCCUUGGUCUCCCUUCCCUAUGUCUUGACCACCUACUGUCCCCUCCCCCACCCCCUACAAUAAGUCAUGCGGGGAGCCCCCUUUUCAAUCCUCUGCAGACAUCAGAGAUCCAUUUGCUUGGACCAGGUGCAGGCCCUCUGCGUAGACCUCCUUUCUUACCCCUUUGCUCCCCUGCUGGCCUCACCCUUCCUCCAGACUCUCAUAGCCUCCCAGGCGUCCCCUAUGGCACCCUAUCUGCCCUGAAUAUAACUAUCUGGCUGUGCCUCUUUGCUGGGCCUUGCAGUUGGGUGGGUCUGGGUUUACCUUCCUGGCCCAAUGAGUAGUCUGAUGGCAGCCUUCCUGCUCUAAGCCUCAGUUUCUCCAUCUUUAACAGGAGUGAUAAAGAGCCUGUUUACUGAACAUGCCUGGGACAGGUUCCUCCCAACAACCCAGGGGAAGGGCCAGUUUGUACCCAUUUUACAGCUGGGGAAACUGACACCCAGAGAGGGGCAAGGACCAGCCUCAGGUUACCCCAUGAGUCGGGGAAUCCAACCUCGGAUGUGGGCCCAUCUCCUAGUUGGGGAUGGGAGGAAUCCAUCCGAGCUAACACUACCCUGCUCCUCUUCCCCUAGGUCAGCAUCCUGACUGAGCAUGGUGACAUCCAGUGCCCUCGGGCCCCUCGUCUGGCGCAGCUGGAAGAGCCGCCAGUCUCGGGCACCGAUGGCCCCCCAUGUAAAGGAAUGAGCAGCCUGGCGUGGCCCUACUGAUUGAGGGGGGACGCAGCGGCUGAGUGACCUGAGAUCACGCUGCCGACCCCCUCCCACCAAUUGGCGAAUGGUGGACAGAGCAAUAAGUGACCCUUAUCAGGGUCAUGGAAUAAUAGGGAGCAAGGCCUGAUCUGCCUCCAGGGUCACCAACACUUGGGAAUAGAGGUCUGAGUACCCCAAGCCAACCCAGUGGACCCUCCUGGCCCCCUGCCCCAGCUGAUGGGGCCACUGGGGCCCCAAGCAACCUACCUAACCAUCUAGAUCCCACCCCACCUAGCCAUGGCUGGCUCUGAGGGCUUCCAGUACCGUGCGCUCUACCCAUUCCGCCGGGAGCGGCCAGAGGACCUGGAGCUGCUGCCAGGUGAUGUGCUGGUGGUGAGCCGGGCAGCCUUGCAGGCACUGGGGGUAUCUGAGGGCAGUGAGCGCUGCCCACAGAACGUGGGCUGGAUGCCCGGUCUCAAUGAGCGCACACGGCAGCGAGGCGACUUCCCUGGCACCUACGUCGAGUUCCUGGGGCCUGUAGCUCUGGCCAGGCCUGGCCCUCGUCCCCGUGGCCCCCGCCCACUGCCUGCUAGGCCCCGAGAUGGGCCCCCCGAGCCAGGCCUCAUACUCCCUGACCUGCCUGAACAGUUCUCCCCACCUGACGUGGCACCCCCCCUCUUAGUGAAGCUUGUGGAGGCCAUUGAGCGGACAGGACUGGACAGCGAAUUCCUGUACAGACCGGAGCUGCCUGCCGCACGCACAGAUUGGACCCUGAGUGAUCUCGAGCAGUUGGACAUGGCAGCCCUAUCAGACUGCGUCAAAAGCUUCCUGCUGGCACUUCCCACACCCCUCCUGACACCUGAGGCUGUGGCUGAGGCUCACCGGGUCCUCCGGGAGUCCUCAGGGCCAGUGGGGCCAGCACUGGAGCCCCCAACGCUGACCCUGCACCAUGCCCUCACGCUGCGCUUCCUGCUUCAGCACCUGGGCCGGGUGGCCAGACGAUCCCCAUCCCCAAACCUGGCCCUGCGAGCCCUGGGCACCACCUUCGGGCCACUGCUGCUGCAGGCCCCACCACCAGCAGCAGGGGGCGCGCCAGAUGGGACUGAGCCUAGCCCCGACUUCCCUGUGUUGCUGGUGGAGAAGUUGCUUCAGGAACAUCUGGAGGAACAAGAGGUCGCACCCCCAGCACUGCCGCCUAAACCCCCUAAGGCAAAGCCAGCCCCCCAAGUCCUCACCAAUGGGGGAAGCCCACCCUCCCUGCAGGAUGCCGAGUGGUACUGGGGUGACAUCUCCAGGGAGGAGGUAAAUGAGAAACUCCGGGACACACCUGAUGGCACCUUCCUGGUCCGAGAUGCAUCCAGCAAGAUCCAGGGGGAGUACACGCUGACCCUCAGGAAAGGUGGGAAUAACAAGCUGAUCAAGGUCUUCCACCGAGAUGGGCACUAUGGCUUCUCAGAGCCUCUCACCUUCUGCUCUGUGGUGGACCUCAUCACCCACUACCGCCAUGAGUCGCUGGCCCAGUACAACGCCAAACUGGACACGCGGCUGCUGUACCCCGUGUCCAAGUACCAGCAGGACCAGAUCGUCAAGGAGGACAGUGUGGAGGCAGUGGGCGCCCAGCUCAAAGUCUACCACCAGCAGUACCAGGACAAGAGCCGCGAGUAUGACCAGCUCUACGAGGAAUACACACGCACCUCCCAAGAACUGCAGAUGAAGCGCACAGCAAUCGAGGCCUUUAAUGAGACCAUCAAGAUCUUUGAAGAGCAGGGUCAGACACAAGAGAAGUGCAGCAAGGAGUAUCUGGAACGCUUUCGGCGUGAGGGCAAUGAGAAAGAGAUGCAGAGGAUCCUGCUGAACUCUGAGCGGCUCAAGUCCCGCAUUGCUGAGAUCCACGAGAGCCGCACAAAACUGGAGCAGGAGCUGCGGGCACAGGCCUCAGACAACCGGGAGAUCGACAAGCGCAUGAACAGCCUCAAGCCAGACCUCAUGCAGCUGCGCAAGAUCCGAGAUCAGUACCUCGUGUGGCUCACCCAGAAAGGUGCCCGACAGAAGAAAAUCAAUGAGUGGUUGGGAAUCAAAAACGAGACUGAAGACCAGUAUGCACUGAUGGAGGAUGAGGAUGAUCUUCCCCACCACGAGGAGCGCACGUGGUAUGUGGGCAAGAUCAACCGCACCCAGGCUGAGGAAAUGCUGAGUGGGAAGCGGGACGGCACCUUCCUCAUCCGUGAGAGCAGCCAGCGGGGCUGCUAUGCCUGCUCUGUGGUGGUGGACGGUGACACCAAACACUGCGUCAUCUACCGCACAGCCACGGGCUUUGGCUUCGCAGAGCCCUACAACCUGUACGGGUCGCUGAAGGAGCUGGUGCUGCACUACCAGCACGCCUCGCUGGUGCAGCACAACGACGCCCUCACCGUGACGCUUGCCCAUCCAGUGCGCGCCCCUGGCCCCGGGCCCCCACCCGCCACCCGCUGACCAGCUCAACACCAGGAGACCCAGCUCAGACCAAGACAGACCGGGUCUCCACCUCUCUGUCUGUUCGUCUGUCUUCUUCAAAGGUCUUUCCCUGUCUCUUUUCCUCCCCGGCUCUCUUUCUCUGGGUCUCUGUCUUUGCUCUCUGUCUGUCUCUCUCUUUUUCUCUCCAGCUCUGUCUUUGUAAUUAUCUUCUUUUCCUUUCUUCUCUGUGUCUGCCUGUCUCUCUGUCUAUAGCCCCACCUCCCUCUCUCUCUCCUCUCUCCAUCUCUCCUCUCUCUCUCUCUGUCUCAGUUUUUCUUGUUCUCUGUCUCCUUUUCUCUCCCUGUCAUUCUUGAUUUCUGUCCUUCUGUGUCUCCCUGUUGGGGGUCCCACUUCCUCCACCCCCCAACCUCCUCCCCCAUGGGCACUGCCCUUCCCACAGCCCCCCGACUCUGCACUGCCCACCACAGGCCCCGGGCUCCCUCGAGUCCCACCUGGCUGCAUCCACCAUGUUUACAGAGGCUCCUGGGCUGGGUGGCCCCAGCCAGGGUGCCCCGAUUUUUAAGCCAUAGACCAGGGGUCUGGGCAGGAAGGAACUUCACUCAGCUGCUUCCAAGAACUUCGGCUUGACACUUGGGGCCGGGCGGGACCCGCCCCACAGACCCCAACUUCCCCUCCAAAUCCUGAAGUGAAACCCGCCACCGGGUUAUCCCCCAGUUACUGAGAAGUACCCCCAGAGAGAAAACAAAAAUAAACCAGCGAGAGCUGACCCAGCCUGCCCUGGCCCCCAAAAGUGGAGGAUGAACCAUACCAUUGCCUGUGGCUGCUCCACACCGUGCAGAGUCAAGGCUUUUCACUGUUGUUGGAUUUGAAUUUUACUUUUCCUUGACUGUAAAACCCUUUUUUCUCUCCUCUUUUGGGAUGAGAGCCCGGUUUUCUACAGUGCCCGCAGACCCUCAUCCCCUGCCCGGCCAGGCUGGCAGGCAGAUUUUGUAUGGUACGUUGAUAUUGAUACGGAUAUAAACAUCGAACGGAGAUACGACAUUGACCAUGAUGGCUGAUUUUCUUGUCGGCGGUGGGACUGGUCCGUCACCAGUGGGUCUUGGCACUCCUGAGCACCCGUAGGUUCAGCUAGCAGUUUAGCUCCAGGCCACCAAGGAAGGCUAACAUCCCCCGCCCCCAUUUUAGCUGCUGGAGUCCUGAGAAGUUGAGAAAGCUAUUCAAGGUCACAGAGAGGCUCAAACCUGAGCCCCAUCCCCCACCCACGUCUAACUCCCAGCACUGGGCCACCAGCUGGGCCCUCGCCUCCCCUCUGAUGUGUGUCUUCCUCAGUGCCGGCUGGGGUCAGUGCUCACAACCUUUUUUAUGCGACCCAGAGGGGCGUCCUGUGUCUUGAUGCCAGCCCCUCCUCUGACUGCCUUCAUAUGUGGCCCUGACACCCAUGGGACCAUGAGCUGAGUCCCCACCAUGACCUUGACCUGGACUGCUCACCAUCCUCCUUCCCAAUCCAAGUUCCUGGUCCUCUGCUCUCCACUCUUCCCACCCAGCAUGUGGCCAGGCAUGCCCCAGGAAAUGCAACUGCCCCUGACCUGCUUCUGCUCAGCCCAAAGCUACAGGAGCUUAACUUAAGGGUCCUGCAGCCUCCUCAAGCACUGGGGGGGCUGUGUGCCCAGGCAGGAUUUUCUCUGUAAGCAACCAUGUUUCUCUAUAAGUAACUAAGUCUCUCCUGUCCUGUGAACAGAUAUGAAAAAGGUCACCUUAACCCAUGACUCUAUCCUGCUAACCCUGGGGAGCAGAGAUAACAGCCCUCCAACCUCUACUUUAUUUUCUCAAAGUCAUCAUUUUGCUUAUUAUUGAGCAGAGUCAAUUACUGGUGCCCCUACCCUAGUGGAAUGCCUGGGAAUCCUAUCACGGGAGCUUCCUGAAGUUUCUUGAUGAAGCCACCCCUUGGUGCCUAA